UUAUGCGCUGUGUGGCUGUCAACAUUACAUCUGUUCCGGAGGACAGAAGCCGAUUCUCAAAUUUCCUUUCUUGUUCUUUUUAUACCGUCCUUGCGAUCUCGCGAAACGACAUCAGUCCCGUUCCAAAUGGAACGUACGAAUAAAGCAAGAACGCAAGAAAUGCCCGGAUGUUGUUCCUGUCAGCAAUCUUAAAUCAAGGAUGCAAGGUUGGAUACUUGGCUGGCUAAAUAUCCCAAGAUGCAUUUCGAUCUGCUCUCACGGAAAUAGGUCAGAAGCGGGCGGCAAGGGGGAGAAGUUGACAAGAACGGCCAAGGACGAGACAAGCUGACCGCGAGCGAACUGGCACCGAAGCUCCAAAGUGCUCCAGAAUGAACGAGACGGCGGGCCUGCGCUUCCGGAGGCAAAACCGACAUGAAGUCAUCACCGACCACCAAGCCGAGCGCGUGCGCAAGGGCAACGGGACGUACAGCGGACGUGUGUUCCGCGUGACUCUGCUGUCCGUGGGCGGCUUUUUGCUUUUGCCCCUGCUCGUCAUCGUGCUGAUCCUGGAGUCGCCCAUCCAGCCCGACGUCCUCGUUCUGAAGGAGCCGCCGCCCAUGUCGGGCUGCUGGGAAGCCAACCACAAGCUGCGUCUCGCUCGCAGACUCUACGAGGACGCCAUUGCCGGACCCGAAUCCGUCGCCAACAUCGGAGAUGUUUUUUAUAGCGGAACGGCCGACGGCAGGAUCGUGAAGCUGGUUGGUCGAAGGAUUCACACGGUGGCCAGAUUGGGAAAACCUCCCUGUGGGUCCCCGGAGGAUGAGGUGACCUGCGGGAGGCCCCUGGGCAUCCGAACGGGGCCCAACGGGACCUUAUUUGUUGCAGACGCCUACUUGGGCAUCUUCCAGGUCAAUCCCAGCACAGGUGAGUCGGUACGGUUGGUGUUGGGAGGUCAGGAGGUGGGCGGCAAGAAGUUGCUGUUCAUCAAUGACCUGGCGGUGACGCAGGAUGGCAAGAAGGUGUACUUCACCUCCUCUAGCAGCAGAUGGCAGCGCCGAGAUUACCUCCACCUGGUCAUGGAGGCCACAGCUGACGGACGGGUUUUGGAGUACGACACGGAGAACGGAGAAGUCAGCGUGGUCAUGGACAACCUGCGAUUCCCCAACGGCAUCCAGUUGCUUCCCGACGAGGAGUCCGUCCUGGUGGUGGAGACCACCAUGGCCCGAAUACGCAGGGUCCACGUGGCAGGACUGAACAAGGGCGGCAUGGACACGUUCAUGGAGAACCUUCCUGGUUUCCCCAACAACAUCCGUCCCAGCUCCAGCGGCGGCUACUGGGUGGCGAUGUCCGCCGUGCGCCCCAACCCCGGAUUUUCCAUGUUGGACUUCCUGUCGCAGAGACCCUGGAUCAAGAAGUUACUCUUCAAGCUCCUGAGCCAGAACGCCAUGAUGAAGUUGGUCCCUCGUUACAGCCUGGUGGCCGAGCUCCACGACGGCGGCAUCUGCUCGCGGAGCUUCCACGACCCUGACGGGCUGGUUGCGGCAUACGUGAGCGAGGCACACGAACACAACGGGAGCCUCUACCUGGGGUCCUUCCGAUCGCCUUACCUCGCCAAACUGGACCUGAGCCUCGUGUGAUCUCGUGGCCCACCGAGGCGUCAAUCGAGUCCCUCCAUAAUUUGUCGCCUGGGAUCUCGUCAUGGACCCAACAGUCUUUUGGGAGUUUUACUCUUCCGCUUGUUUUGCAUCCACGUCAAACUCGCCCUUCCUUCAUUCCCUCUUUAAUUUCCUCGCUUCCUUUUUGUGUUGAUGUGCUUUGAGAAUCUAAAAAGGCCGUCAGGCUUAAGUUGAAAAAUUAUGUAAGAAAAUGUCCAUUCGUGUUGGGAGUCAAUGAUGAGCUCUCUCGGACAUGUGUCGUGGAUGGGCGGGGCUUGUAUGGGGGUUUGAAUUAUCAGUGCAAUCAAACCUAGACGAGCCCCCGUCCAGAGCAAACUGUGAAAAAAAAAAAAAGUGAACCCAGGUGACUGCUGAGAGAUGAUGUAUUCAGUUUGGACUGAAUACAAUAAAUUCAAAAGAAUGUGUGCAGACUUUGAAAA